AAAUUGACGCUCCUUACAAUACAUAUACAUACUUAUUUUUUUUUUUUUUUGUUUUUCCUUUUUCCAUCGCGUCUGAAAGGCUGUUUUGCGCUGCUGGGCUAUUGCUGUUGCUGCUGCUACUACUGCUGCUGCUUCUGCUUGCUACUACUACCCAUCUUAUGCUUCUUUCUCUCGCCCUUGCAUGCUGCUCCACGGGCCUUUCUUGCUCCUUUUGUCUUGAAUUCCUUUCCUUUCCUUUCCUGUCCCUCCCUCCUUUCAUUAGUUCCCUUUUCUCUCAGUUUCAUCUCCUUUGACACCUAUCCGGGCUAGUCCUGUUGAUUUCCUCACCGAUUCUCCUCGUUCCUUUCCGGACUUCGUGUGCUCCCCUUCCGUGUCCAUCCUCAGUUGCUGCGACAAUUGAACGUUGGACCACGAGUGUAUAUUUCACGUUGAUCUACCACUGAUGGAGUCAUUUACAUUCUAGCGAAAACUUUCUUUUUUUUCCCCCUCCUCUAACCACUUUCCUUGAACUCUUCCCUCCCCCCCUGAAGACCCUCCCCCUCUUUCAACAAGCUAGCAUUCCAGGAUGGGUCUCUCUCCCUCGGGAAAUCACCAUCGCCGGCGGAGCUCAGUGCUCACGGGUACCGGGGGCCCGUCACAGGUAGGCCCGACCGAGCAGAGGGACGAUAACCCGCGCACCAAUGGCGACUCUGUCAGCUAUAAACGGGAAGAACAGAAAGCCGCCGAGGACGCAGACGUGUCCGACCUCUCGUCGAUCGCUGAGAGCUCCGAGGACGACCUCCAAGAUGAUGAAGAGACCGGUCUGACUGCAAAACAGAGACGCCAGCGACGGCGGCGAAGAAAGCAACGGAGACAGUUGGAUGCUCGGAUCGCCGGAGUCAAGGGUUCCCAGAGCGAUGUGUUCUCGGUUGGAUUGGCGGAUCGAAACGUGAUGAGGAGACUGUUGGUCAACGCAGGGUUGAUUCUGAUGUGGUAUUUCUUUUCGUUGGCGAUAUCAAUCUACAAUAAAUGGAUGUUUUCCGAGGAUGAUGUCGUCUUUCCCUUUCCGUUAUUUACCACCAGUUUACACAUGCUCGUUCAGUUCUCACUAUCAUCCUUCAUCCUAUACUUGAUUCCUUCGCUGCGCCCGCGGGCGCCCGCGUCAUCGCCUUCCGGAUCACCGAUGAGGCAGCAAGAUGGGUCCGAGAAUAGUGUCGUAUCGAAAGCAUUCUAUUUCACACGUCUCGUUCCUUGCGGUGCAGCAACUUCCCUUGAUAUUGGCCUGGGCAAUAUGUCGUUGAAAUUCAUCUCUCUCACGUUCCUUACUAUGUGUAAAUCAUCUGCUCUAGCUUUCGUCCUACUAUUUGCUUUCCUCUUCCGCCUAGAAACUCCGUCGGCCAGGUUGAUCGUCAUCAUUGCUACAAUGACUAUCGGUGUCGUCAUGAUGGUCGCAGGCGAGACUGCUUUCAACAUUCUUGGAUUCCUGCUAGUCAUCGCAUCCGCUUUCUUCUCGGGCUUCCGAUGGGGCUUGACACAAAUCCUUUUGCUGCGGCAUCCGGCUACGGCUAACCCUUUCUCUACCCUCUUUUUCCUUACUCCCGUCAUGUUUAUCUCCUUGAUCACUAUCGCGCUGGCCGUGGAAGGCCCAUCUCAGAUUGUUACGGGCUUCGUCGCUCUCAGUGACGCUCAUGGUGGCAUGCUUGCGACCUUUCUCCUCAUAUUCCCUGGUAUCCUGGCGUUUUGUAUGAUCUCAUCAGAAUUUGCGCUUCUCAAGCGCUCAUCAGUCGUCACAUUGAGCAUCUGUGGUAUCUUCAAAGAAGUGGUCACGAUAAGCGCUGCAGGUGUGGUAUUCCAUGACCAGCUCACACUCAUAAAUAUUGUGGGUCUGGUCAUUACCAUCAGCAGUAUCGGUUCCUACAAUUAUAUGAAGAUUUCCAAGAUGCGUGCCGAAGCUCGGAAGGGCACGUGGGAGCCUGAGCUAGAGUCGGACUCGGAAACAGAAGACUCGGAUCCCUCCCGAGGUCGCGGAGGAUAUCACCGCGUUGCAAAUCCGGAAACAAGUAUGCUACGCGCUUCGUCGGAUACACGUGGCGAUCAAAAUGUCAACAUUACGCCUGCUGAUGAUUCGAUUCUUGGUCGGCGGUCAUUCCGCGUUCGAGCCAGCGGUGCCAGCAGCAGCACACAAGGGCUUACCAUUUCUACCGCUAACUUAAGUGACCAAGAUAAAGUGUACUCGCCACGAGUGUCUGCCCCAUCUCCCUUGAAGUCAGCGCCACCGGUCGUGGUGUCUGCCGAAUCCGAACUACAGAAAGCGGGACGAAGCCUCGGUACGGGAAGUCAGCUUCAAUCGUCGCCUGAAAGAGCAUCCUCUCGCGAGAGGCGUUAGGCUGGGCUGCUACCUCGUUUUAGCGGUUCUUCUAUAUUCCAUUGUGCUGGACGCCACGGCUAUGGUUCGUCCCGCACUUGCGCUUUCCCUCCAUGCCCAGGUUUCAUCUGGUUGUUUUAGGGUUCGGCCCGAUCAAAUCAGAACGAAUAGGUCGAGGGACCGAUAUAAUCGCUUGGAUUCAGAAUUUCCAAGUGCGAUAUCGAGGCAUGGCGCUCUCAUAUCUUUUAUAUCAAAUGAAACACUUCAAGAAGGAUUGCCUUGAAGUGCCCAGGGAGUCUCGCAUAUAUUGGCAGAGUCACUCAUAUAGACAGCGAUUUGUGUGAUACCAUGUUUACCGUGUCUUCCAUCGAAAUAGGAGGUGUAUCUACGUCUUUUUAGCAUUUGGGCCCCAGUUUUGUGGCUUUGAGUUCUUCAUACACAAUACCCACUUCAAUUACAAUUCAGGAACUAAGUUAUCCUGAAUGACAAAACUUCA